UCCAAAUAAGAGAGCGUUGGUGCCCUACUCCCGCGCUCGCGCUCUGCCUUCAUGUCUUCUCGUAGCCGACCGUCGUUCUCCGUAAUAGGUAUUUCGUGGUUGAGUAGCUACCCAGUAGGUUUGACCUAGGAGAGCCAGACAUCUAGUUCCUAUAGUUAGAUCGCUCUGAAUACAUCGACAUGGCGGGCCUCCUAUCCAUUGCGGCCUUAGUCACCGCCGUCCAAGCCUUGGCCCUUGAAGGAAAGAAUCCCGAGCCAACUCUGUCGUCCAAGCCGGAUCCGACUUUCCAAUUCCCCAAGAUUACCUUACCCCCUAGUAUUCGGGAACUGUCCAAGAGACAGAAUGGACAAACCGUCCUCAUUGGAUCUGAUAAUACGUGCGGAUUCUUUGACGGACGACCUGGUGCUGCAUAUACCUGUAACGGCAAGAGUUUAACUUGUGCCCUAGUUACCACAUCAACCAUCGGCGCUGUUGGUUGCUGUGAUCAGGAUGAUUGUGGUCUUCGAGUUGCAUGUAUCGACUAUAGGGAAUUCGCGUACUCGAGCGCAUGUGACAACGGGUGUGUCCAAGAUACAUUCACCGUCAAAUGCACGAGGAGUUCCGCGCCGUUUUGCGCUACUGUCACAUUCUUCAGUGGCAUCGUCGAUUAUUACUGUGACACCCUCUCAGACUCAACGCCGCAACAGCUCUAUACUACGUGGCACGGCGAAUCAGAUGGCCGUAGUUUUACUCCCGUCGUCGUCACAUCAGACGAGUCGAUUACAGCCCCGUUGACCUCUGCCACCCAGACGGGCGGUGACAAUGAAGACGAUAGCCGCACGUCUAGCUCCGGUUCUGCAGGUGCAACUGCACCAGUUAACGAUGGAGGGGACUCCUCAGACUCAUCAAACUCAUCUUCGAACUCCUCAAAUUCUUCAACGAACGUAGGUGCGAUUGCUGGUGGUGUUGUAGGAGGUGUUGCCGGGCUUGCCUUGAUCGGACUCGGAAUCUUCUUCCUCAUCCGCCACAUUAACAAGAAGAAUCGCAACAUAACAGCCCAGCCGCCGACUGCCCAGAUGCAACAAGGCGCGGUGCCCGGCGUGCCGCCAACGCAACCAGGAGCAGGUGCUGCCGGCUACCAGCAACAACCCUACAAUCCGCACUACAGCCAGCAGUAUUCUCCUCCGCUUCCCGGAUACCCGCAACAGGCAUAUUAUGCCGACCAGAACAAGCCCGGUGGGUUCGCUGCCGUCGCGCCCAUGGGUCAGUUUCCCGACCGAAACGACUCGACGAGCCCGACCAACUCCCAGUUCACGGACAACCGACAGAGCGUACAGCAGCAGUCCACAAGUCCGACCUCGACCGUCAAUUCCAACUGGCAGCAGAAUCAGCCUUACCCCGGCCAACAGCCCUCGCCCAUCCCCAACGUCCCGCCUACGGUGCACGAGGCUGGCGGUAAUGUCGUUGGCGAGAGGAAUUAUAACGAUAAUCAUCAUGGCGAGCUGCACGAGCUGGGGAACUAAUAAAGAGGACUCGCUGUGCAGCGGGUUAUAGGGGAAGACGAGGCUUAUGUCAGGUCAGGUUAGGUUGGGUUUUAUAUAUAGGUAGUUGCCUUAUAUUUUUCACUGGUUCAUAUUCAUUUUCAUAAUGGGGAUCGCACGGCAUUUGCAUUGUGGAGUUUGUAAGCUCCCGUACGUGGUCGGAUAUACUAUAAGAUACCUCUUAUAUUGAGACAUGUACAAUGUGGAAAAGGAAUUACCUGUACUACGAGGCCAUGAUGCUUAAUAAAUACCUCGAAUAUUUCGUUAUGAUGCCUAGGAGGGAGUCGUAGUCAAUACUUGAGAAGAGUCGUAUAUUAAAACUAGUCACGUUUUUAAGACUUACCAGCUGGUUCCAGACCGCGGUGGCUUAUAAAUUGGAGGUUACCUCUGAAUUUGAUAUUUUAAAUGUACCUGGUAGGUAUCUAUGUCUCUUCUAUUUGACCUCUCUUAGUAUAGUAUAGACACUGUCUAGUAGGCAACACAGUCU